AAUAGAUUAUUCUCGUGUUCUUGAACAUCAAAAAAUAUCUAUUCGUCACAGUUUAGUUAAAAGCUAGCAAUCACAUGGUUAACAGAAGAUGCAAACUGUCCUCAAGGCUAAAGGGUCAUUUAUGAUCUUUACAUAUUGUAUUACCUUUAUUGGGAGAUUUCUACAAAUAUAUAAUACUUGUUUUAUUUUGAUUAUGAUCCUUCGAACACUUUGAAAUUUAGUUUGAAAUAAUGGAGAAGGAAAGUAUUAUAUUUCGUCUCGAAAGUAUCUGAAAGUGUUCCUGGGCACUUCCGGUUAAAUGUGGACACACACAAAAUGUUGAAAUCAGCUGCAAGUUUUGUGUUUUUCACCUUACCAAAACGUUUACCUAAGAAUUCUUUACAUCUGACUAAUAAGACGACAAUACCAGGAAUCACCUUGAAACAAAACCGAACCAUGGCGUCGAGUAGUAACCUAGAUAUAGGUGGAAUUUAUCCACCAAUUCCCACCCCUUUUGAUGAAAAAGAAAAUAUUGCUUAUGAUAAAUUGGAGAAAAACCUAUCCAUAUGGAAUAAGGCCCCACUCAAAGGGUACGUUGUUCAGGGUUCCAAUGGCGAAUAUACAUUCCUGACUGCAGAAGAGCGGGUUGAGAUGGUGAAGAAAGUUAGGGAGAUGAUACCUAAGGACAAACUUAUCUUAGCAGGCUCAGGCUGUGAAUCAACUCGAGAUACUAUUGUGAUGUCAGAGAAGAUGGCUGAAGCUGGUGCAGAUGCAGUUCUGGUGGUGACACCUUGUUAUUUUAAGAAUGCUAUGACAAAUGCUGCCCUGAUCAAUCACUAUACAAAGCUAGCUGAUGCGUGUCCAGUGCCUGUUAUACUGUAUAGCGUCCCAGCAAACACGGGGAUCGAUAUGGCCCCUGAGGUUGUGAUACAACUAUCUAGUCAUCCUAAUAUCAUAGGCUUGAAAGACAGCGGUGGUGAUAUUGGUAAAAUAGGAAACAUGGUCUUCAAGACAAAGGCAAACAAUUUCCAGAUUCUUGCUGGCUCUGCAGGCUUCCUUUACCCUGGCUAUGCAGUAGGCUGUGUAGGUGGAGUGUGUGCCUUGGCCAAUGUUCUCCCAAAUGAAGUAUGUGAAAUAGAUAGGCUCUUCAAGGCAGGUGACCACAAGGCAGCUCAAGACCUACAACACAGACUCAUUGCACCUAAUGCUGCUAUAACAAAGAAAUUUGGUGUUCCCGGGUUAAAGGCUUCCAUGGAGAGAUUCGGGUUCUACGGGGGACCUCCUAGAUCUCCCCUCUUACCAGCCACCCCAGAGGACACUGAGAAGCUACUUGGGGAUUUCAGAUAUAGUGAAUUCCUUUAAAUAGUGUACAUGAACUGUAUACAGUAUAAUGCAUAGCCGAUAGAUAUGGCUUAAAUUGAAACAACUUUCCAGUCAUUUACAUAAAAAUAAACUUAUACCUAUGCAUUAAACUGUACUAUACAUACGUAUUGCGUACACUAUUAGGUAAUCUCAAAUAGAGAUUAUUUUUAUACUGGGAAAUGUGAACGGGAAAUAUGAGCUUUAAAAGUUUGAUAAAAAAUAUUUUCAUCUAUUUAUCAGGUUUUAUUGGUUGUAACAGCUGAUAUGUAUCUUUUGAAAGACCCAUUGUUCUUCAUUAAAAUGAAAAUCAUUAAAAAAAAUUAAAAAAUGUAUUUGAUACAUGUACAUGAGGUAUGAUUAUGAACGUUCUUAAAGAGUGUAGAAGGGAGAGUUUAAAGUAAAAGUGCUCUAUUUUUUAAUGAAUCCAAUAAAACGAGUUGAA